AUGCAAACAUACUGGGCUCAGAUUUUUAUAUUACCCAAGAAGGUUGUUCAACUCAUCACAAGUGUAUGCAGAACCUUCCUAUGGACUGGAAGUUGUGAAGCAUCAAGAAAAGCUCUAGUCUCCUGGGAAUCAUUGUGUAUGCCAAGAUCAGCUGGGGGCCUAAAGUUGAUAGACUAUACUUUGUGGAACAGGGCAGCCAUAUGCAAACUCAUAUGGGCAGUUUCUACAAGGAAGGAAUCACUAUGGGUGCAAUGGAUACAUGGUUAUUACGUAAAGAACAAGGAGAUAGAGUUCAUGAAAACACCUACACAGGCUUGCUGGCUUGUGAGGAAAAUACUUGAUGCAAGGAAAUGGUUUGGAAAUAGGAACUACAAGGUGGAACUGGAAAAAUGUAGCAAGGGUGAUAAAUUCAGCAUCAAGGCAGCCUAUCUAUCCUUUCAGCCACAGUAUCCAAAAAAUCAAUGGAAAAAUCUGACUAUGGAGGCAAGGCAAAUUUCUAGGCAUCAAUUCAUAUUAUGGCUAGCCAUAAAACAAAGGCUUGCAACUGUGGACAGACUAGAGAGAUGGGAAAUACAUGUACCAAAAGAAUGUGUGUUGUGCUCUACAGGAACUACAGAAACACUAGCUCAUUUAUUCUUUGAGUGUAAAUAUGCAAGAGAUAUCUGGUGUUCUCUAUUGAAGUGGAUGAAUGAAAAUAGAGCUCCUAAAACAUGGAGUGAGGAGGUAAGCUGGAUGACAAAGAGAUGCAAAGGAAGCAAAGCUAAAAGCCAAGUUCUAGCAUGGUUGUUUGUUGCAACAGUAUACCAUGUCUGGAUUGAAAGGAAUGCUAGAAGAUUUCAAAAUGAAAAGAGAGAGAGUCAUCAGAGACUUAAAGAAAUUAGCCUCCAACUGCACAUCAGAGGACAAUGUUAUAGCAAAUGA